GAAUCUGACCAUUCGCAGGCGUCAAGGUAUUCGGAAUGAGCGUCAUCCAAACGACUAUCAGCCCUCAUGACCAGAAACCCGUUGUCGAGCGCACGUAUCCAUCUUCGGCCGCACUCGACGCUAUAAUUCAGCGCGCAUCCGCUGCUCAACAGCAAUGGGUCACCGUCCCUGUCGCACAACGGAUCGCCAUCGCCCAGAAGUUCAUUGACAACUUCAGUCAGACGAGCGAGGGUGUGGCGGCGGAGCUGGCUCAGCAAAUGGGACGCCCGAUCUCGCAGGGUGCAGGAGAAGUUCGCGGAUUUCUGGAUCGUGCCAGAUAUAUGUUGUCGAUUGCGGAGUCGUCCCUGGCAGACGUUUCUAUGGAUUCUACAGACAAACCUGGAUUUAAACGAUUUAUCCGUCGCCUGCCACUUGGUGUGGUCCUUGUAAUUGCUCCUUGGAACUUUCCGUAUCUCACAUCGGUCAAUUCGGUCCUCCCCGCCCUCCUUGCCGGCAACGCGGUACUGCUGAAGCCUUCGCCCCAAACUCCUUCGAGCGCAGAACGCUUCGCUACGAGUUUGAUCAGUGCAGGUUUCCCUCAAGAUCUUGUUGCCGCGGUGCAUCUUUCACCGGAGUUGACAAUACAUGCUAUACAGCAUCCCCUAAUCGAUUUCGUGUCCUUCACAGGGAGUGUCGUUGGGGGUCGUGCGGUUGAGAAAGCGGCUGUCGAGGCACCCGGAUUCAAAGGUGUUGCUCUAGAGGUGAGUCUAAUACUCACGUUCCACCCGUCUCCGACUCAUCGCUCGGUAGCUCGGUGGGAAAGACCCUGCUUACGUCCGCGCGGACGCGGAUCUCGAUUAUACUGUCGGAGAGGUCGUUGACGGAGCUAUGUUCAACUCCGGACAAAGUUGCUGUGCCGUGGAGCGUGUAUAUGUCCACGAGUCCAUUUAUGAUGAAUUCGUGUCUCGAUUCGUUGAGAUGGUGAAAGGGUAUAAGCUUGGUGAUCCUAGCAAGCCCGAGACGAACCUUGGUCCAGUGGUCAGCGUCGCCAGCGCAACGAGGAUUCGCAAGCAGGUUCGGAUGCGGUCGCCGCUGGUGCGAAGGCCCUCGUUCCCGAGGAACUAUUCCCCAUCGCGAAACCUGGUACAGCCUACGUCGCACCGCAGGUCCUGGUGGAUGUCAACCACACUAUGGAUGUCAUGAUGGAGGAGACCUUUGGACCCAUUGUCGGCAUCCAGAAGGUUUCAUCAGAUGAAGAGGCGGUCAAAUUGAUGAACGAUUCGCCUUACGGAUUGACCGCCUCGAUCUGGACCAACGCUGCCGCUGAUCCAGCCUCAGAAGAAGCGUUCUUGGCGCUGGAAGAGAAAGUGCAGGCUGGCACGGUCUUCUUGAAUCGCUGCGACUUUUUAGAUCCAGCACUGAGCUGGACUGGGGUCAAGGACAGCGGUCGUGGCAUCAGUUUAAGUAAAUUUGGCUAUGAUCAACUGACCCGUGCGAAGAGCGUUCAUAUGAAGAUCAAGACCGCUUGAGGCCUAAAAUGCUUUAAUAACAUUAGUGUGCUCGUCAGCGACUCAGCUGAAACAUCCGGGCUUCAAUUCAAGGCGUAAGCCAUUUUAUAUAAUUUGUUUUCGGAGAAGAUGAACCAGAGGAACCAUUGCAAUCUGA